AUGGACUGGUCCUUUAACGGCUGGGCCUGGAAUGUCGUGGGCUUCGUCGCUCUCGCCGGUCUUCAUUACUUCCUGGGCCUUCAAUUCUGCGCUGGCCUCCGCUUCGUGCUCGAGAUGGUCCUGGCGGUGCUCCUGGUCAUGCUCCAGUUCGCCUUGUACGCCCAUCGCCAUCGCCGCUACGCCGCCGCCCUCCUCUGCUUCGUCAACCGCUGCAUCGUCGCCUGGCCCUUGCUCAUCCCCUACAUCAUCUUCUCCCCGCUGAAUCGACUCUUCAUCAUCGCCGCCUAUUACUUCUCCCAUGGCCUCCGCCCGAGCCGGCGCAUGUGUCUCGUCGUCGUCAGCAUCUCGUUCGCGGUGCAUCUCCUCGGCGUCCCAUGGGUCGAACAGCGGCUGCUGCCCGCCUCGCCAGCAGAUCUCAUGUAUGGCGAUGAUCUCGCUACGCAUUGUCCGAAACGUCUCUUGGAUCCGGCCUCGAAUCUCCUCGACGGCCGUGAUGAAUCCCUGGCUCUAGGUCUCUUCGUCGGCUAUCGUGCGCUGCAGGGCAUUCCCAAUCCCGCCUUGGAAGCAGACUUCUGCAACGCCGAGCGUGCUCUCGAAAUCAUCUCUCCUGCCAUAAUCAGAUCUACCGCCGUCCCGACCGAGGUGGAGCGAGUCCGCAGAUGGAUAACGUGCCAUCGCACCCCAGCCAACCACACCACCUCGUCCUCUGCUCCUCCUCCUCCUCCACUCAACGCCAAGCUCAUCCAGGAUUACGUAGUCCCACUCCAGGCCCACCGCGACGCCCUGGGCGCAGCAAUCUACGCCUACGGCAAUGUCACUCGGCCCAUCUACGAUUCCUGGCUCUUCUACCAAAUCACAACCCACAAAGCCCUUUCCUCGCCCUUCUACUCUUCCCUCCACAACGCCUUUGCCACUCCCUGCGACGCCCCCAUCCUCUCCUCCGCCACCCGCCUUCGCUGUCAACUCCUCUCCCGUACCACCGUCCGAUGGGUCCAGAGACUCCACCACGGCGCCAUCGGGAGCGGUCCCCAUCCUCUCUGGUCCCUCCGCUCUCACGUCCUCCCCAACUUCGCCCGCGAGGUCCACGCCUGGCACACCGACCUCCUCACCAACUUGCCCCGAAUCCGUCCGGCGCUCGUCAUUCUGCCCGCUUUCCCCACCGAAGAUCGCUCCCGGCUCCGCGACCUCGGUGUCAACGACGCUCAAGCUCUGAACUACAACUCCAUGCUGGAAGACUUCCUCACCCAGCGCCCGCGGCCCAAGCACGUCGACGGCAAAGACGUCGGCGUUGCCCUCGAGUGCCUCGACUGGUUGCUGGCGAACCCGUGGCUGCCGGAAUCGCCGUGGAGCCCGCGGUUGUGGGAGGUGUUGAACGACGCGAGGUUCCAGGCGGAGGGGGCCGUACGCCACCAGAAUCGGGCGACGCUGGCAGCGGGAGACCCCACGGUGGUGGUUCUGCCGAACGGCAAAGAGGGCUUCGCGGCGUGGGUGGAGUGGGUGGAUUGGCAGGGGUGGUGGGAGUGGGUGGUGGCCUUGGUCAUGGCGGUGUUGAGCGGGGAUUGGGAUGGGUGGGAUUGA